UUAUUUUCAAAAUGUGAAUGAAUUCUGUAGAUGAAGACGUAAUGUGUUAAUCAUAAUUUAUGUGUUAGAAAAAUAAAUAAAAAAAUUAGAUAAUCAACAUGAUUUGUUAAAGAAAAUCAUAAAUGCUGAAGUUGUCUGUGAAGAAAAAACAUUUCAAAUCAAUAUUUUGUUAAACAAAUCAAAUUUGGUAUAUUGUUUAUCCAAAAGUGUAACUUUUGGCAGGUAAUUGAUGAUCUCUGAAAGUGAAAUAACUAUUUUUAAAACAAACCCAACAAACGAAGUGCGAGCGGGUGAAUCAUUUAUAAUCAAUUCCCCUCGUUUAACACAACAACGAAGAAUAGUAACAAGUCGUGAUCCAAGAUUAAGAUUACAAGGUUGGCCUAAACGGUGGACACAGACUCAAUUUUUGUUAUUUAGUAUUAUAGAACAAUUUAUUUAAGUGUAUAAAAAUAUUGUUUAUUAAAAUAAUUCGUGAUUUUAAUUUUUAUUAAAAAAUGGAGCCACAAAAAGAAUCACAAGUUAACGGUCUAGCACCAAUUGUCGGGUGGUCAAAUGUAACUCCUAGUUUAAAAAGUUCCCCAAGUAAAACACCAAGUUCUUUAACAACACCCCCAGUGACAAAAGUACAAAGUCCAUUAAUAACUAAUAUUCCUGAAGAAGCACCAAGUGAUAAUAAUAAUAAAGUACGUCAUCGAAAUAACAAGGAAAAUCAAAUUAUACUCUCGGAUGACAACGAGAGGGUACGUUUCUUAAAUGAUCUAGACAAAGAUAGUAUUAUGUCUUCAUCAUCUUCAUCAAUCUCGAAUUCAAGUAUUUGUAGUAUUAAAUUAGGCAGCGAAAAGCCUAAAUAUCCUGACGGUGGUUGGGGAUGGAUGGUUGUUCUUUCGUCUUUGGUAAUAUCAAUGAUUGCUGAUGGAAUCAGUUUCUCAUUUGGUCUAGUGUAUAUUGAAUUUUUGCAUGAAUAUGGUGAAUCUAAAUCAAAAACCGCUUGGAUUGGUUCAUUAUUUAUGGCUGUUCCAUUGUUAUCUGGACCUAUAAUGAGUGCGCUCGUAGAUAAAUAUGGAUGUAGAAAAAUGACAAUGUUAGGAGGUAUCAUAUCUGGAACUGGAUUCAUUUUAAGUUCCAUAUCAAAUACUAUUGAAUUACAAUUCCUAACAUUUGGUGUUAUCGCCGGUAUUGGAUUAGGAUUGUGUUAUGUAACAGCUGUAGUAUCUAUAGCUUAUUGGUUUGAUAAAAAACGUACCUUAGCCACAGGUUUAGGGGCAUGUGGAACUGGAGUUGGUACAUUUGUAUACGCACCAAUGACACAAUUCUUUAUUGAAGAAUAUGGAUGGCGUGGAACUGUUUUACUACUGGCUGGAACAUUUCUUAAUAUGUGUGUAUGUGGGGCUGUUAUGCGGGAUCCAGAAUGGUGGACAAUUGAACAACAAAAAUUGCAAUCGAAAAAUAUAAAAGGCUCAUCCAGUACAGCGUCAAUAUCUGGGUCUCGAUCUGUUGGUGGUGAAUCUACAUUUCCAGGAGUUGAAGAAAUACGGAAAUUAAUGAAGAGCGGUGAAUCUCCAGAAUAUAUUUUAACAACACUAGCUACCUCAACCGGAUUUGAUCAAUCAAGUGAUAAUGCUAACAAAAAUACAAAGAAGCAACAUCGAUCUGUUGUUAAUCUUCCAACUUUUGUCAAACAAAGUGAAAAAGUACCUAUAGAAGUAUUAGAACAAUUAUCAUCAAAUAAAAGACUGUAUAAAGUAAUAUUAGAAAAUUAUCCAAAAAUAUUGUCAUGCCGAAGUUCUUCCGACAAAGCUUUAAAUACCGCUGCUGAGAACGAUGUAUCACCAGGAAUACCAGUAACAAUGUCAGUACGUUUAAAGAAAACAAAAAGACAAAACUCUACAGACAAACAAGGAGUUCCAACAGAAGCAACAACAAAUGUUAACGAACCAUUACUACAACAAAAAGUCAAUGUGAAAAUUGUUAAAUCAAAUAUAAAAAAAGUUCAUCCAACUAAUACCGAUUCAUCAAAACCGUGGUUAGUGAAACAAUUUAGUAAUGUUGGUCCUUCUCAACAUGGAAAUUAUUUGCAAAACAUAAAAGUACAUAGAAAUUCUGUUAUGUAUCGUGGUGCAAUUUUAAAUACUAAAAAGUAUCGUCUUCGUGCUUCAAGUUGUCCUGAUAUUUUUCGAAAUUCAAUGAUUACACUAGCUAGAGAAGAAGAAGAGAAAUGGUACAGUGAAUUUGUAGAUUUACUAAAAGGGAUAAUGGAUUUUUCAAUGUUUUUGGAACUACACUUUUUAUUUUUAUCAAUUUCUACAAUUUUAUUAUUCAUCUGGUUUAUUGUUCCAUAUUUUUACAUAGCUGAACAUUUAACUCGCCAUGGCUACACUGAAAAUGAAUGCUCCAAACUUAUCUCACUUAUUGGAGUUACAAAUACGAUUGGAAUGAUUGGACUGGGAUGGGCUGGAGAUCAACCAUGGGUUAGUGUGACGAAAACGUUCUCCUGUUGUUUAUUUUUAUGUGGUUUCGCCACAGCUGCAAUGCCUUUUUUUACUGACAGUCCGUACUUCUUAGUUGGAAGUGCAGCUUUGUUUGGAUUAUUCUUUGCGAGUAGUUUCUCAUUCACACCGGUUGUUUUAGUAUCAUUAAUACCAAUAGAACGUUUUACAACUGGAUAUGGUUUAAUAUUACUAUGUCAGGGUAUCGGAAAUUUAACAGGUCCUCCAUUAGCUGGAUUACUAUUUGAUUUAACACAAUCAUGGGAUUUAUCAUUUUAUACAGCAGGAUUUUGGAUAUUUAUAUCUGGUAUAUUUAUUUUAUUAAUUCCAUAUACCAAAAAUCGUAAAAUUAUUGGAUCUGGUCCACUAGAAAAAGAAAUUGAUAGAGUUAGUAUGGCUUAAAAAAAAAAAAAAGGAAUUUUUAAAAUUUUUGAAUACUUGUAGGUAGAUAGAUAUACAGUUUAUCAAAUAGAUUUUUUGAAAACUCUACACAAUUAUUAGGAAA